AUGGGAACUUGUGGGAGUAAGAAGAGCCAGCUGAGCCGCACUGGCGAUCCCCACCCGCAGCAGGAGCAGCAGCAGCAGCAGCACGAGCAGCAGCAGCAGCAGCAGCACGAGCAGCAGCAGCAAAACGCGCAGCAGCAGCAAUGCGACUACCAUGAUCAGCAGCAGGAUCACUCUCCUCCCCUGCUGCAACAGCAGCAGGGGGAAGAGCUGCAGCAACAGCAGCAACUGGCGAAUUCGGAGGAGACGCUGCAUGCAGAGCAGCAGAGCAGCGACAAUGCUGCUGCUGCAGCAGACCGAGCCACCCGGAAGCAAAAGAGUUUAAAAGAGAGACAGCGCAGGAGACUGUCUGUCUCUGUUACUGCAGUAGACGACCCAGAAGAAGGAGAGAGUCCAGGUGCAGCAGGAGCAGGAGCAGCAGCAGGAGCAGCAGCAGGAGCAGCAGCAGGAGCAGCAGCACCAGCAGUAGCAGCAGGAGCAGCUGACAGCCGAGACAGCAGCCGCAGCAAACACAACGGCGUCCGAGGUGUAUGUACACCUCAGAAGUCUCCAACACCCUCUAGAGUCGAUGGGCGGAGAAUUACUUCAUUUUCUUCACCCUCAAAUAGAGAAGACGGCAGCAGCGAGCUCAGCAAACACUCACCGUCUCCAGCAGCAGCAGCAGCAGCAGCAGCAGCAGCAGCAGGAUCUCCUGCAGCAGCAACAGCUAUCCUGUCUCCUCGCGAAGGCUACCGCGAAAACCAUCUCUCUAUUGAACAGCAGCAAACCCCAGGCUCUCCAUCGGACUCUCCCUCAGCAGCAGCAGCAGUAGCAGCAGCAGAACCUAACAGCAGCAGCAGCAGCAACAGCAGCAGCAGCAGCAGCAGCAGCAAGCGGGGGUUCUGCCCCGAUUUACCCUUAUUGUUUGCCCCUCUACCAUUCUCUCCAGAAGAAGCCUUCAAACAUACCGAAGAAAUUACAGCACAAUUUUUGCUCGAACACUUCACUGCUGAUUCACCAAAUUCAGCCAGAUGCGCCGUCCUAGGCUUUCCUUCUCGAGACCGUCAGCGGGGAUUCGACAACAAGAGAAUGGACUGCGUGCUGUCUGCAACUGAGGAGUGCGAACACUUUGACGAUUUCCAAGCACAAAUUGGAGCGUUCAUCGUUAGGGGUGUACAUGGUAUUAAGAGAACAGUGCUCAUCGUUUGGGGUGUACGGGGUAUUUGA